AUGGCUGAAGCAGGGCCAGUCGCACCUGAGGUGACAGAGGCCGCUGUUUCUAAGCACAGAGGGCCAGAUGGACAGAUACAGGCCAAUGCUGGAGUGGAUGACCAAGAAAUACCAUGCAAGACAAAUGGAGAAGCCAGCCCCAAUCUUGGAAUAGCAAAACUUCAGGGCAGGAUUAAAUAUGCUGAAAUAUUUGCAAAUUAUGCUGCAAGCAGCUGCAAAGAAAUUCGUGACAAGUAUAAGGUUUAUGAUGAUGGCCUGUACUACCUGAUCUCCUCAAAAGGAGUCCUUUACCAGACAUACUGUGACAUGACCACUGCAGGCGGCGGCUGGACGCUGGUGGCCAGUGUUCAUGAAAACAACAUGUACGGAAAGUGUACAGUUGGUGACCGCUGGUCUAGUGAGCAGGGCAAUGACCCAAACAGGCCUAAUGGUGAAGGGACAUGGGCAAAUACAGUCACAUUUGGAAGUGUAGAGGCCUCUACAAGUGAUGAUUAUAAGAAUCCUGGAUACUUCGAUAUUGCGGCUCAGGAUGUGUCUGUGUGGCAUGUUCCUAAUAACAUUGAGUUGGAAAAUUGGGCCACUGCCUCCUUCCUGAGGUACCACACUGAAAAUCGCUUCCUAACCCAACAUGGAGGAAACCUUUUCAAUUUAUUCAAGAAAUACCCUCUGAAGUAUGGAUUAGGGUCAUGCAACGUCGAUAACGGACCUGCUGUCCCAAUCGUGUAUGAUACUGGAAAUACAGAGUCUACCAAAUUACUGUAUGGUCCCAAUACAAGAACAAACUUUGCACCUGGAUACAUCACAUUCAGAGUCUUCAAUACUGAAAAAGCAGCCUUGGCUCUUUGCUCAGGUGUUAAACCGACUGGCUGUAACUCUGAACAUAUCUGCAUUGGCGGCGGUGGAUACUUUCCUGAGGCAUCCCCUAGACAGUGUGGGGACUUUGCAGGUUUUGACUGGGAUGGUUAUGGCACUAAUGCAGGAUGGAGUGCAUCCAAAAAAAUAACUGAAGCAGCUGUACUUCUCUUUUAUCGCUGAUAACCUAAAAACACCACCAUUCUAUCCUCUCCAGGACAUACCACAGUGGUUUACAGCUGAAUGUUGCAAAAGCAAUUAUUGAUUGAAUGUUUUUCUUUAGCAUACUAUAUAUCCUUUAUAUUGAUCUGUAAUUAACAAAUAUGUGGUCGUGGUGUUUGGAACUGAAACAGAAAAUCACCCUUUAACAUUAAUUAUUUAAUGAGCUUCUGCUAGAUCUAAAACCUCUCAUUGUUUAUGUUUCUUCCUGCUGUUCAAAAGUGGAUACAAAUGUAUGGCGUUCAAAUAAAGAUAGUAGGUUCUGUUCAAUCUUA